CAACAGCAGUAUCCACCGUGAUCGCAGGCGUGCAGAGAGCUAGAGUGGUGGCUGCAGCGGAUCAGGUUGAAGCGUGUGUUUCGAGCCUCGUGUGUUCGGUUUAAUGCAAGUGUAUGGGAAUGUGAUAGACGUCAACUGCCUGCAUUUGAAUUCCCACCCAUUUCACUGUUGGAACCGUCGCUAUAUGUACCAUGAUGUAACCGGGUGGGUCCGUAAUGUACCAAAGCCGGGAAAAAGAAAGCUUCUCGAGGUCCAGGUUGAGGCCUACUUAUUAAAUCCCCCUCCUCCCUCAACACCAUCGUGAUGGCUGAUGAUCAACAACCUGGUCAGCACCAGAACACUGGUCCUGGAAUGGGAUCAUUGCCACCUCUGGUUCCAGGAUUGCAAGGGACUGACACGAGUGCAUUGCAACUUAAAAUAAAGAAUUCCAUCUGCAAAUCUGUACAAUCCAAAGUGGACUGCAUUCUGCAAGAUGUGGACAAGUUUACAGACAUUGAGAAACUCUACCUCUACCUUAAGUUGCCUUGUGGUCCCACCAAUGGCGCUGAGAAAAGUGAACAGAGCUCGAUGUCGUCCAGCCGCACCCAGCAGAUGCACGCGUUCAACUGGAUCCGCCAUCAUCUGGACGAGCACCCAGAGACCUCGCUCCCCAAGCAGGAGGUCUACGACGAGUAUAAGAGCUACUGUGACAAUCUCAGCUAUCACCCCCUCAGUGCCGCCGACUUCGGAAAGAUCAUGAAAAAUGUCUUUCCCAACAUGAAGGCACGUCGGCUGGGCAUGAGAGGCAAAUCAAAGUACUGCUACAGUGGACUGAGGAAGAAGUCCUUUGUUCAUAUGCCCUCUCUGCCCAACCUAGAUUUACACAAAACAGGUGAUGGGUAUGAAGUGCUGGAGGCGUCGGGACAGCUGGCCACCGCUGAGGAGGAGGUGCGCUCGGCUUCCUGUGGCCUGGUGUGUGAGUGGGCCCAGAAGGUCCUGAGCCGGCAGUUUGACACCUUGGAGGACCUGGCCCGCUUUCUUCUCAACAGCCACUACAUCGGCACCAAGUCAGUGGCGGCGCUGACUGUUAUGACUGGAUCACCCUCAGGCGUUAAGAUGCCCAUGCAGACCUCAGCAUUCGUGCCCACGGCAGACUCUCAUGCCUUCCAGCCACAGGUCAAGACUCUCCCCUCACCCUCCAUCGAUGCCAAACAGCAGCUCCAGCGCAAGAUCCAGAAAAAGCAGCAGGAGCAGAAGCUGCAGUCCCCACUCCCAGGCGAAGCCCACGUCAGGAGGGCAGACAGUGCCACGCCCGGGAUCCACUGCAGCAGCCCGGCUCUCCUCUCCCCUCAGCCCACCAUUGGCAUUGUGGUUGCUGCUGUGCCUAGCCCUGUAACGGUACAGAGGAGUAGGCAGCUGAUGACCCCCAGCCCUGUGCCAAUGGCAACCUCGGAAGGUAAAGUCCUGCCGGUCAACUUCCAGGUAGUGACGCCCGUGCAGCAGGUGAAACAGUCCCCCAAGACUCCCCAGAACAUUAACGCCAGUCCGGUCGGGGACCGCUCAGCCCGCCACCGCUACGCCCAGAUCCUCCCCAAACCCUCGGCCACCGGCGCUCUCACCUUGCGGUCUCCCCCCACGUUGCUCAUCACCAACAGCCCCAUCAAGACUGUUAUGCCAACGCCCCACGUCAGCUCGGUCAACAUGGUCAGGAUGACAGCCAUAUCCCUGGGGUCCAGCAUCAGCGGAGGCAGCAACAACUGCACCACCGUCACCACCACCGCAGCCGGCCCUACCGCCGGCGUCUUCACCAGCACCUCUAUAAGACCUGCCUCCGCUGGUCUGGCCGGCCCCAGCCUAUCCGAUGACCACAGGGCCAGUCCGCGGGUCCGGACUGGGUCCGCCAUGCCAAUGCUGUCCUUGGUGGCUAGGUCAGGUGAGCUGCUCACUUCAGCCACUGAUGUCAAGAUGAAUUCCGAAGCCAUAACGGAGGGUGGCCAAGCCCUAAGCGGUGCUACCAGACCCAGUGUGACUCAGGAACCAGCCGGGCAGCACAGGGGGGAACGAGGUGCCGUGCCCAGGGCUGCCAGCGUACCCACCCCUCUCGUCAAGCCCUCCCCAGGAUUCGAAAUUUUAACUGGGACCAAAUACAACGGAAAGCCCCCGUUUAGUGUGGGCAGCACUGUCGCGUCUGGCAGCAAUAAUUGUAACAACAAUAAUUACAGCACUUUGUUUCUGAGCGUCGCCAAUCAGAACACCAGCACUGCUUUGUCUUCGUCCAGUGGCAGCGUGACCACCAGCCCGCCCAAGGAGAGCUCUCUGGCUCCCCGGAGCCCCCGCAAGCGCCUGGGCCAAGAGUCCAGCCCAACACCCGUGAGGAAGGUGUUCAUAUCCCAGCACUCGUUUGGAGUGCCCGAAGGGCUUAAGCCGAUGGUUGGCGCGGCCGUGAAGAGAAGACCCAGGCCGGGGGCUCCCACUAGGCCCGAGAGCGCCCCCGCCAGCGCAGUCGCCAGAGUUACCAUGAGCUCGGCAACCCCCACACGAAUCCUGGCUCUCUCGGACCCCCCCGCUGGUAACGGUGGCUUCCAGACUGUGAUGGAAUGCCAGCAAAACCCCUUGCAGGGAAAAUGUGAAAGCGCUACUGUUAGCAUGGUUACCCCUACCAGGAGUGCCUCUGCUGGGCAGGUGUUGCUGCAGCAACAUAUGAAUAAUCCCCAAGCCAUAAUUGCUGAUGCUGGCAUGCUGGAUCCCUCAACAGCUAAUGAGCUAAAGAAUGCCAUGUGGGCAGAAGGGCAUAUGGAGGCUGUGCAGCAGCAGCAGCAGCAGCAGCAGCAGCAGCAGCAGCAACAUCAACAGCAACAGCAACAACAACAACAACAACAUCAUGUACCACAGCAACAGCCAGGCUGUGUUCAGCAGAUAACUGACCACAAACAGAUGUCGGCCCCGGUGAGGGAUGCUCUUCCCCUGAUGAGCCAGACCCCCACCUCUGCCCAGAUGGCCCAUCUCCAGACGGGCAUGGUGGACUUCGGAGGUCCCCCACCCAACGUGGAUUUCUCCUUCCCCUUCCAUGACGACGACAUGACCCAGGACAGCAUAGUGGAGGAGCUGGUGCAGAUGGAGGAGCAGAUGAAGCAGAUGAAGGCCAUGCAGUCCCUCGGUGGCUGCGUGGACAUGGGAGGCCUGCAGGGCCAACACACUCCCAUGCAACACACUCCCAUAACCCCCCACCACACGAGCACGCCGUUCUACAGCUCGGCCCACGGCAGCACCACUCCCAUGCAGACACCUACCCCAACGCCCACACCUACCGAGAUGGUGGGAGGGGGCCAGGGUUUGACUCGGGAGAGCCCCUGCUCCCGAGUGGCCCCCAGCACGCCCGUGGAUAGCGCUCUAGGGAGUAGCCGGCAAACACCAAUCGGCACCCCGCACUCGAACUGCAGCGGCAGUGUUCCACCCAGCCCAGUGGAGUGCAGGAACCCCUUUGCUUUCACGCCCAUCAACUCCAGCAUCACUGGCUAUCACGACGGUAGCAUCGUAUCUAGCAGCCCUGUCAAGCCCAUGCAGAGGCCCAUGGCUACCCACCCGGACAAGGCCAAGCUCGAAUGGAUGAACAAUGGCUACAACAAUGGCGGGGCGAUGUCCAACAACAGCAUUAGCAUCCUCCCCAGUUACCAGGACUUGGUGGAUGACCAGUUCCGAAAGCCCCAUGCCUUCGCCAUCCCCGGCCAGUCCUAUCAGUCUCAGGCGAGGCAUCAUGACACGCAUAUCAACCGCCUGACACCGAUCUCCCCAGUGCAGCAGCAGGUGUCCAGCCUGUCUAACCUCAACAAACAGGAGGGAUUCGCCGUGCCCGCUCCUCUGGAUGGUAAAACCGGCACGUCCUCCUCGGGCGGGGGAACAUUCCGGUGCCGCAGCGUUAGCCCUGCGGUGCGGCAGCGGAACCUCAGCGGUAACACGUCGGCCAUGCCUAAUGUCCCCCGGUCGGUCGUAUCGCCAUUCAACUCCCCCGUCACUCCGGAGGUGCUGAACAUCUUUGCCAACAGCCACGGGGAGCUUGGCAUGGGCGGCACCGGCCUUGGCAGCAUGGCCCAAAGAAGCCAGUCCGUGCCACUGAACGUGAUGAUGCAGUCGGAGGUCCUGCCCAUGCAGGUAGCCCAGCAGGCCGGCGCCGGGAAGAACAUCACCAGCGUGCUUUUGAACAAGAUGGACGGCGACGGUGACGGGGCCAUGCGAGGCCUGGGCAUCAACAACCUGCCAUCCAACUACACCGCCCGUAUGAACCUCACCCAGAUCUUAGAGACCACAGCCAGCUUCCCCGGGAGUGCCAACCACCAGGCUAUGGUCUCGCCUGGUCCCACGCUGGCGUACGAGUUCCAGAAGCCUGGCUACCUCAUGAAGAACGCCAGGGGAGAGCAGGUCGGCUUCGCUUUUAGCGGUGGACAGCAGCAGCAGCAGCAGCAUCAGCAGCAGCAUCAGAUAGACUUCAACAGCACGGUCAAGGACUUCUUACGGGAGGACAGCCUCAACCAAGGCUCUCAAAUAGCGGGCCAAGUGUCAGAGCUCAACACUGUGGGCUCGGACUUCUCCAACAACAUGCGACUGACCUCUGAGCUGUCAAGCAGCAUCAGUGAUCUGAACACUCUUGAUGCCAAUCUCCUGUUUGACCCCAAUCAGCAGCAGGGACAGUAUGAGGACGCGACACUGGAGGAACUGAAUAACGAUCCACUCUUCCAACAGAUUUGCAGCGAGACUGUGAAUUCUGCUGGGUUUGACUGGUUGGAAAGUAAGGACCAGACCACAGUAGAAAUGUUGGGCUGAUGUUAUAUAUACAUACAUACGUAUAUUACAUACGACAAUUUUGACGUGUUUUUUUUAUGUUUCUGUUUUUUGAAACAGUUUUUUGUAACUUUACACGAGAGGAAAAAAAAACGAAACAUUGUAUAGCACACUGCUGCACGUAUCUGGAAUGCUGACAUUUGUACAGACUAAGUGCCAGGCUGAACAGAAAUGAACACCUUUUUCAAGUAUGCUGGUUCUCUUUUCCUAAACUUUUGGUGCCACACUAAGGUCAUAGGAAGAUGAUGAUGAUGACGAUGAAGAGUUUCUUGUGGACAUAUUGUGUUGAGGGUAUGUCAUUGAAUGGCCAAACGUCUGCACUACCAUAGUAAUCUGUAUUUCUAUUUAAUGCUUUGUUUACACCUAGAGGUUUUUCAUAGCUGUGAACAGAUCAAAAUAACACAGAGGCUGUCAUGAACAACAACCAGUAAUUCUGACAGUUCAUCUCUCUCAAUCAGUACACUCAUGUACUCAAACAAUUUUAGUUGUCCUGUUGUACUUUACUUUGUGGGUACACAUCAUUGUGUUCCUAAUGGCAUUUCCCAAACUGAGAUUGGCGUUUUACAGAAAAUUUCACUAAAACCAGGUGUGGUUCAGUUUAUUAGAAUUUUUGGCAAGAGAGGCUGGUUAGGCAAAUAGGCUAGCCCACUGCAAAAAGGAUAUUUUGCAGUCACUGGAAAUUAAUCAAAGGGGAACAACAUAGGAUAUGCAACUAUGAAAAAAUCUGUGAAGUUCAUCAUUGGCAGCUUUCAAAAUUAUUAAUAGCAAAUGUUUGCCAUGGUGUUGACUGCCUCUUUGUUGAUGUGUGAAGAUAUCUUAAAUGAUAUGCAAUAUUUGCAAGAGACAAAUUGGAAAAGAAUCAAUCACUACCUAAAUACAUAGGUACUCUAUUAUGCAACAAGCUACUUUAAUCUCUAGAAUGAAAUUAGUGGUCAGUAUAGCUUUUAUCUCCAUUGUGAUCUCCAGACUUAUGACAAAAAGCACUUUUGAUUUAGUUGACAAUGCUGUAUACCGUAUAGCUUAUGUGCCAGUAACAGAAGAACAAGCAGUAUUAAGGUGAUUAAUUGUGUAGUACUGCCUUUUGGCAUCUAUCAUCCCAAUGUUUUCUUUUCUCAGGAUUUCUAGGGUAUUAUUUGAAAUAGACUGAUAUAUAGUAAUUAGUGGGAUUUGUCUCCUCAAACAGUUGUUAAAACAGCUGUGGUGACAAUUAUCAUAUGUUUUGUUAUAAAACUUUACCAAAUUGACCUCAGUUUGAUCAUAUUUAAGAACAACCACUCAGCUUUAAACAUUCAAGUGAGGCAAAAGAGAGAUUAAUGUAGUCUAUCAUGUAGAGUUAUGCAAAAUGGCUGUUAAACCCUUACUGAAACAUUUACAAUCAGUCGUUACACAGGGAAAAUAAUCUAUAAGGGAGGAGAGAUAUAUUGAGUUGAAAAUAUGCCAUCAGAGUACCAAAGUGGAUUACAUACACAUUGCUCUAGUCACAACUGUACAUGUUGGGAAAAGAUUUUAUAAUGGAUAACAUUUUUGUAUUAUUCAUUUUGAAACUAUGCAUUUUUUUUAUGUUAGAUGAUACAGCUGAUCGUCUAGUGAUGUGGCUGCAGGAAUUUGUAACUUAUUGGUUUGUUUUAUAUUUUUCUCCAAUCUGAUAUGUAUUUUGUAUUGUCGUUAUUUCUAAAAGCUGAUCAAAUGUUUUGAAUCCUCUAAUGUAGUUUACUUUUGUAAAAUGGAGAUUUGUGACUUUAAAUUUAAAGUCUCUCUAAGUACAGGGGGAAACCAAUAACUCUGGCAGAAGUGCAAGGCAUUGGUGAAGGUAUUAAUUGAAAGGAUUUUUGCUCAUUUGGGCUAAGUAAGUGGAAAUAAGGUAAAAAUCUGGUGUUUAUGGUAAAUCAGACAGUUGAGUUUGUGCCUGAGGAUAUCAUGAUCAAGACGCACAAUCUGUUAAGUCGUGGUUAUUGUGGACUUUACGCCUUCAUAGCCUUAUGUCCGUACCAAAGAAACCAAUCAAUUGGAGAAAAAAAAUCAAAUCAUCAUCAAGGAGGUCCACAUGCUUUACCUAUAGAUUUUAUGUUGGUCUGACACUUGCUAAAAUGGCCCCGGUGGUCAUUAUGAUAAUCCCUCUUUAUUGUUGUUGAAGUUGACAGGUUAGGAUCAGUAUUUGUACUUUGCUAUUCAAGCGACUUUCUCUUUAGCACUGGGAUAUUUUAUUUUAUAACCUGGAAACCACACUACUGUUAUGGUUUAGAAAGAACCAGUGUAGCAAAAUGAAAUGUUUUACUUUGUAAUUGGCUGACUGUUCUCUUCAUAUAGAAGCUUAUAUUGUGUAAAUAUAAAAAAUUGCACCUGAAGAGACUGCACUGUACACACUAUAAACAGUACAGAACGUGACUCUAAGCACCUUCACUGAAACUAUACUGAUAGAAGUGGAUCAGGAAUCGGUUUAGAAGUGCUGUAUGCUUUCAUCCCUGGUCCCCAUUCAUGUACAGAAAAUGACGUGUGUGUGUGUUUUUAUUUUAAUUUUUUUUUUUUUUUAAAUAAAUGUCUUUUUUUCCUGCUUAUAUUGAGAUUGAUUAGUGACCUGCCUUUGCAGAAGAGAGUACUUUGAGUGAGUAUUGCAUGUCUUUAUUAACAAAAGAAGUAUUACCAUAUAUUACCAGGUUGCAUAUCUUUCUGUGACAAAAAAACCCUCCAACUCAUUAGACACUGGAAAUUAAGAAUUCAGAUUUCUGCAAAUUUCUGAGGUUCAUGUUUAUUGCACUAAAUCUUAGUUUCAUUUAUGAACCAUCACUUGGGCAAAUCAUUAGGACUUAAGCUGCGAUUGGAGCCCACCAACAAAAAUAUAUUUUUGAAAAACUUCAAAAAGAGCUUAAAAAUGAAGUGUCAUCAGAAUGUGACAGUCAAUUGUCUUAUGUAGCAAUGUACAUUAAUCUCAGUGAGAUAAAGUGUAAUUUAACUUCUCAUACGUGAGAAUGUGAAGAACUUUAAAGAAAGUAAAAAAAAAAGAAAGAAUAGGAUUUAAGCUGUUCAGGAAAACCAACACCAUGUUCAUUUUAUUUAGUGAUUAUAAUGUGCAUGUUUGUAGAAUUAUAUUGUACAGAAUAUUCAUAUACUUGCAAGGCCAGGUUCUGUCAGUCAGAAAGGUACAGCUACUCACAGUUGCAUUGUGUGAUGUUUACUAAUUCUGAUGAAUUAUCGUUGUUCAUUUUUAAUUGGUUCUGUUGAUGUUUGUUUAUCUUUUAUCUGUCAAAAUUGUAUGUGGAGAGAAGUUUUGAUUGUUUUUUUCUUUUUGUUUUGUAUUCCUUGCUUGUUUUAACCAACGACAUGAAAUUAAGCACUGACUUUUUUGGAUACACAUGAAGAAAAAUGUGUUCUCAUCUAAAUGAGCAGGAAUCAUUACUUCAGUGCUGUAACUCUCACUGACCUUUGUAGAAUCCCUCUAAACCCUUUUCCCUCUCUAGGACUUGUAGAAAAUCAUCCCAUUUGUGUCUGGUCUACAGCAGAACGUACAGUAGUUUGACAAUGUUGUUAUAGCAUUUCAGCAAUGUCAUUUUAUUAUUAUUAUUAUUAAUAAUAUUAUUAUCAUUAUUAUUAUUGAAAGUGUUCACUGAUGUUGAGAUUUUUAAAAGUGGUUUUAAAAACCAAUAAACUUUUGUAAGUACCUGAA